GGGAGUGAAUCCUACCCUUCCCGUGUACUGAAGACCCAGCGUUUAGUUCUCCUUUGAUUUCCUCUCCCUCUGGCCACCUCUGCCCCCAAUCAGGCCUGCUUUGAUGGGACCCCGAAGGCCAGGAAGGAACUGGUCCUGGGUUUUCUAAGAGCUGGGGGCGGAUGGAAUUCUCCUGCCUGCGGGUCUUUAAAGACUGAGGUAACGCAGUAGGGGAGGGAAAAAGGGAGGGCGAGGGGAGAAGGGAAGAAGGGGAGGGGAGAGGGGAAAGGGCCAACCUGGGUCCGGCGAGGGCUGCGGGGCUGGGUUUUAGGAAAAGAAGAGCUAAGAGGCGGGUCUCUGGGGCUAGAGGGCGCCCCCAGGCGCUGGAGGGGAAAUAGGCAGAGGGGCCCCUCAAACCUGUCCUAGGACCCUCGUACCUCUCCGAGCUGCCCCCACACAAACCCUGGCGUCCCGUCCUGCGCGCCGGCACCCCGCCCUCCCUCCGCUCCGCCUCCCCCCUUCCUGAGCUUGGGCGGGGGAGGAGACUCGGGUUUGAGGAACUGGUGCUGGGUGCCGGGCGAGGGGAGUCAGACUUCCUGUCCCCGAGACCAACGCGUGCGGGCCGAACCCCUCCCCCCGCCUUCCCCCAACAAUACAGGACGCCGGGGUCCGCGCCGCGUCCUCCCUGGUCCCCCCGUCCGAUUAUGUCUCGGAUCGAAUCCCUCACGCGGGCGCGGAUCGACCGGAGCAGAGAGCUGGCGAGCAAGACCCGGGAAAAGGAGAAGAUGAAGGAAGCCAAGGAUGCCCGCUAUACCAAUGGGCACCUCUUCACCACCAUUUCAGUUUCAGGCAUGACCAUGUGCUAUGCCUGUAACAAGAGCAUCACAGCCAAGGAAGCCCUCAUCUGCCCAACCUGCAAUGUGACUAUCCACAACCGCUGUAAAGACACCCUCGCCAACUGUACCAAGGUCAAGCAGAAGCAACAGAAAGCGGCCCUGCUGAAGAACAACACCGCCUUGCAGUCCGUUUCUCUUCGAAGUAAGACAACCAUCCGGGAGCGGCCAAGCUCGGCCAUCUACCCCUCCGACAGCUUCCGGCAGUCCCUCCUGGGCUCCCGCCGUGGCCGCUCCUCCUUGUCUUUAGCCAAGAGUGUUUCUACCACCAACAUUGCUGGACAUUUCAAUGAUGAGUCUCCCCUGGGGCUGCGCCGGAUCCUCUCACAGUCCACAGACUCCCUCAACAUGCGGAACCGAACCCUAUCCGUGGAAUCCCUCAUUGACGAAGCAGAGGUAAUCUACAAUGAGCUGAUGAGUGACUUUGAGAUGGAUGAGAAGGACUUUGCAGCUGACUCUUGGAGCCUUGCUGUGGACAGCAGCUUCCUGCAGCAGCAUAAAAAGGAGGUGAUGAAGCAGCAAGAUGUCAUCUAUGAGCUAAUCCAGACAGAGCUGCGCCACGUGAGAACACUGAAGAUCAUGACCCGCCUCUUCCGCACGGGGAUGCUGGAAGAGCUACACUUGGAGCCGGGAGUGGUCCAAGGCCUGUUCCCCUGCGUGGACGAGCUCAGUGACAUCCAUACACGCUUCCUCAGCCAGCUAUUAGAACGCCGACGCCAGGCCCUGUGCCCUGGCAGCACCCGGAACUUUGUCAUCCAUCGCUUGGGUGAUCUGCUCAUCAGCCAGUUCUCAGGUCCUAGUGCGGAGCAGAUGUGUAAGACCUACUCGGAGUUCUGCAGCCGCCACACCAAGGCCUUAAAGCUCUAUAAGGAGCUGUACGCCCGAGACAAACGCUUCCAGCAAUUCAUCCGGAAAGUGACCCGCCCCGCCGUGCUCAAGCGGCACGGGGUACAGGAGUGCAUCAUGCUGGUGACUCAGCGCAUCACCAAGUACCCGUUGCUCAUCAGCCGCAUCCUGCAGCAUUCCCACGGGAUCGAGGAGGAGCGCCAGGACCUGACCACAGCACUGGGGCUAGUGAAGGAGCUGCUGUCCAAUGUGGACGAGGGUAUUUAUCAGCUGGAGAAAGGGGCCCGUCUGCAGGAGAUCUACAACCGCAUGGACCCUCGGGCCCAAACCCCAGUGCCUGGCAAGGGCCCCUUUGGCCGAGAGGAACUUCUGAGGCGCAAACUCAUCCACGAUGGCUGCCUGCUCUGGAAGACAGCGACGGGGCGCUUCAAAGAUGUGCUAGUGCUGCUGAUGACAGAUGUACUGGUGUUUCUCCAGGAAAAGGACCAGAAGUACAUCUUUCCUACCCUGGACAAGCCUUCAGUGGUAUCGCUGCAGAAUCUAAUCGUACGAGACAUUGCCAACCAGGAGAAAGGGAUGUUUCUGAUCAGCGCAGCCCCACCUGAGAUGUACGAGGUGCACACAGCAUCCCGGGAUGACCGGAGCACCUGGAUCCGGGUCAUUCAGCACAGCGUGCGCACAUGCCCAUCCAGGGAGGACUUCCCCCUGAUUGAGACAGAGGAUGAGGCUUACCUGCGGCGAAUUAAGAUGGAGUUGCAGCAGAAGGACCGGGCACUGGUGGAGCUGCUGCGAGAGAAGGUCGGGCUGUUUGCUGAGAUGACCCAUUUCCAGGCCGAAGAGGAUGGUGGCAGUGGGAUGGCCCUGCCCACCCUGCCCAGGGGCCUUUUCCGCUCUGAGUCCCUUGAGUCCCCUCGUGGCGAGCGGCUGCUGCAGGAUGCCAUCCGUGAGGUGGAGGGUCUGAAAGACCUGCUGGUGGGGCCAGGAGUGGAACUGCUCUUGACACCCCGAGAGCCAGCCCUGCCCUUGGAACCAGACAGCGGUGGUAACACGAGUCCUGGGGUCACUGCCAAUGGUGAGGCCAGAACCUUCAAUGGCUCCAUUGAACUCUGCAGAGCUGACUCAGACUCUAGCCAGAGGGAUCGAAAUGGAAAUCAGCUGAGAUCACCGCAAGAGGAGGCGUUACAGCGAUUGGUCAAUCUCUAUGGACUUCUACAUGGCCUACAGGCAGCUGUGGCCCAGCAGGACACUCUGAUGGAAGCCCGGUUCCCUGAGGGCCCUGAGCGGCGGGAGAAGCUGUGCCGAGCCAACUCUCGGGAUGGGGAGGCUGGCAGGGCUGGGGCUGCCCCUGUGGCCCCUGAAAAGCAGGCCACGGAACUGGCAUUACUGCAGCGGCAACAUGCGCUGCUACAGGAGGAGCUACGGCGCUGCCGGCGGCUAGGUGAAGAACGGGCAACCGAAGCUGGCAGCCUGGAGGCCCGGCUCCGGGAGAGUGAGCAGGCCCGGGCACUGCUGGAGCGCGAGGCCGAAGAGGCUCGAAGGCAGCUGGCCGCCCUGGGCCAGACCGAGCCACUCCCAUCUGAGGCCCCCUGGGCCCGCAGACCUGUGGAUCCUCGGCGGCGCAGCCUCCCCGCAGGCGAUGCCCUGUACUUGAGUUUCAACCCCCCACAGCCCAGCCGAGGCACUGACCGCCUGGAUCUACCUGUCACUACUCGCUCUGUCCAUCGACACUUUGAGGACCGAGAGAGGCAGGAACUGGGGAGCCCCGAAGAGCGGCUGCAAGACAGCAGUGACCCUGACACUGGCAGCGAGGAGGAAGGUAGCAGCCGUCUGUCUCCGCCCCACAGUCCACGAGGUGAGACCCUGGCGGAGACAUGGACCAGAGACUUUACCAGAAUGCAGGACAUCCCGGAGGAGACGGAGAGCCGCGACGGGGAGGCUGUAGCCUCCGAGAGCUAAGGGGGCCCCUCCCCCCUGCCCCGUGCCCCACUGAAGAACAUUACUGAGGGGGCUAACCUUGGGGACUCCAAUUUGCCAAUGAUGAGGGAACAUUUGAAAGAACUGCAAAUUGUCCUUGCCAGCUCUUGGGAUCCUUGGAUACCUGGGGCCAUUUAAGAAGCUAGGGGAAUUAGGCCACAACACCCCCUGGGACAUCUGAAAGCUACACCACAGAUGCCAGUGGUUCAUGCCUUCUUCCCGCAACUUUAGGAAAAUUUAUUUAUUUAUUGUUUAUUAGUUAUGGGGGGAGAGGGGAGAUUUAAAAGACCAGGGACAUGGGAACCAAGCCAUAGGGAUCAGAGGGCCUUGUCCUUGAACACUACUGGGGUAUAUUCAGGCUCAUCCACGCAGCUGCUGGGUUCUUGCCCUAACGGCCCUCCCCUGCAACAUCCAUCUUGGAGGAGAGGCUGCAGCCACAGCACCCUACUGCCCUUUAAAUAAAGGAGGGCUGUGGGCAGGGCCAUGUCCCUUUCUCCUCUCCCCUCAACCUCUUAUUGCUGUUCUCCCUUUCUCCGGCCUUCAUGGAAGCCCUGGGAGAUAACCUGGCUUCCUGGAGUUGAUGGAAUAAAGGUUGGGGUGGCCAUAAUGGUUUGUUGGGGGUGAGGGAAAAAACCCACAGGGACCAGAAUGUUUUGUUGUUCUUUCGUUUUCUUUUUUGUACCAAAGUCAACUGCACGUGUUUUAUAUUUUUAAGAGAUCGUAGGCAAUUAGAGAUCGAAGCCUCCUAUCUCCACAUCUCUGAAGAAGUUGAGGGGUGGGGGAGAGAAUGACUUCUGCCUUCAUCUGCAGUAACGGGGGGACCUAUACUGACCUCUUCCCCAGCCAUUUAGAAACAAGUUCUAGGGUGGGUUGGAAAAUCUCCAAGAGCCCUGACCUCAUCUUCCACCUCAGCAACCAUGACCUGAAACCUCAGCGUGAAUUUGGGGGAUUUUUCAGUGGAACCCCUGCCCCCAAAUGUCGACCAGCCCCCAAAUGUCGAAGAAUUUUCUUCUUGCCAAUUUUGUUGUUUAAAAAAAAAAUUCAGGGAAAAUUAAAAACCUGGAACUCCA